AAUACUAAUGUCCGUACGGUGCCCCGCGGCUGCCUUUUCUGAACUUUCGUUCCAAAGCCCGAAAACCAAACGAAACCUUUCUCCAUCUGCCCGACAUCUGCCCCCGACCGAAGCCUCAUUGCGUCGGAAAAUGUGAUUCUUUCACGCAAAACCAGAAGCCGAGCUCGCCGUAACACCAGCUUCGUUGGGUCGUCGGUCGUUGUCAUGCACGAUUGCAGUCGCGGGAGUUCACUCGCCUGAGAGGUAGAUAGAACGGAGCGGUCCCAUUUCUGUUCGCUCUUCUGAAUCUGCUUGUGUGAAGGAACCUCCAUGGACGAGAGGUUCGCGCAGGAAUUGGAUGUGGCCGUGAAGGCCGUCCACGUGGCCUGUUCGCUCUGCCAGAGGGUGCAACGGAGGCUGCUCUCCUCCGCGGCUGGAGACGCUGUCCUGUCCAAGGACGACGAUUCUCCCGUCACCGUAGCAGACUGGGGUGUCCAAGCAAUUGUCAGCUGGUUGCUAUCAGAAUCCUUUGGCAGUCAGAACGUUUCCCUUGUUGCCGAGGAAGAUGUCUGUGCUCUUUCUGAUCCCAGUUCGGUCAAGUUGCUGUCUUCAGUGGUGGAGGUAGUAAAUGAGUGCUUAGAUGGAGCAUCCAAACUCGGCCUCCACAAACCCAUUAAACCCCUCGGCACUUCAGAAGUCCUCGAGGCCAUUAGGCGAUGCAAUGCUAAUGGGGGCCCGCAUGGAAGAUUCUGGGUCCUUGACCCUGUGGAUGGAACCUUGGGUUUCGUGCGGGGGAAUCAGUAUGCAGUUGCACUAGCCUUAAUCGAGGACGGGCAAGUUGUUCUUGGAGUUCUUGGGUGCCCCAACUACCCGUUGAACAAAGAACUGUUGAGCUAUCAUCAUCAGCCACAUCAGAACCAAUCGAAGUUGACUUCGGGAUCUUAUGAUCUCUGGGAGAAGGGAUGUGUGAUGUAUGCUAAAAGAGGUAGUGGGAAGGCUUGGAUGCAACCCCUAGUUCCUCAAGAUGUGCAGGUUGAAUGGCCUUAUGAGGCUAAACUCAUUAGGGUUUCUUCUGUCGAUGAUCCGGCAAUGGCAACUUUCUGCGAGCCAGUCGAGAAGGCCAAUUCAAACCAGACCUUUACAGCAGGACUUGCUCAUACUGUUGGUCUUAGGAAGCAGCCCCUUCGUGUCUAUAGCAUGGUGAAGUAUGCAGCCAUAGCUCGGGGAGAUGCAGAGGUCUUCAUGAAGUUUGCGAGGUGUGGUUACAAGGAAAAGAUAUGGGACCAUGCAGCGGGAGUGGUGAUUGUACAGGAAGCAGGCGGGGUGGUGACUGAUGCAGGUGGGCGGCCAUUGGAUUUCUCGAGGGGUGUCUUCUUGGAGGGUCUAGACCGGGGGAUAAUUGUAUGCUGUGGGUCCACUCUGCAUGAGAAGAUUGUAGGGGCCGUUUAUGCAAGCUGGGAUUCUUCUAAUCUAUAGAAAUCUGGCUAGUCUGAAUAUAUUCGAUAAUGACGCGAUGGAAUUUCACUUCCACGGGAAAGGGAUCAUGGUUGCUGAAAGGGAUGGCCGACUCUCAUCUAUCAAACCACAUUUGAUAUUAGGUUCAUUCUUUUCCGAAAGGAAACGCCUGACUCUGUUUUAGGAAAUAGGAGGUUCCUUGUAUGACUUUUCAGGAGUAGGCAGUUAUAAAUCCGCGUCAGUUUCUGAACUGUUGAGCAUCUAGUUUUUGUGACUUUGCCCGAUAUCCUGUCCGGAAUACCGAGAACGGCAUCAAAUUCUCAAUGCCAGAGCCCAGGGAUAGAACUACAUGAUAUGUUUAUAUCUAUAUCCAUGACAAUCCUUCGGGAUCUCGAUCACUUUUCAAUCUCGGGUUUGCAGCAGCCUGAGUUUCUAAUUUGCAGUUCAAAUUUGGUACACCAGUAACAGAUUCUCCUCAUGAGUUUCUAAUGUGAUUGGUUUUUUAGUUGAGUUGA